CCACGGAGGUAUUAAACCGUCCUCUGCUGAAUCACACGUUUUAUCUUUUUUGUGGAAAUAAAGUGUGCUUAAGAGAUGUUGCACAAAGAUUUGGAGUAUGCGCUGCAACGAUUUUUCAACAAAAUAAUAGAAUGAUGGAUUUUCUAUGCGAUAUAGCUGGAAACGUCAUCAAAUUUUCUAACAAAGAAAAUACUGCAAACGAAUUCCUUCAAAUUGCAGGAUUUCCGAAAGUUCUUGGCUGCAUUGAUGGGACUUUCAUUAAAGUCCGAACGUCAGCCCACAAAAUAAAAUCGACAUAUGUAAAUAGACAUGACAUCCCUUCGAUAACAUUGCAGGGCAUAUGUGAUGCUCGAAAGAGAUUUAUAGAUAUAUUUACAGGUAUCCCGUCGAAAAUUCACGAUGCGCACGUAUUCAAAUUAUCAGAUAUAUGCGACGAGUUGCCAGGAAUAUGUGAAGGCGGAAAAUAUCACUUCCUAGGCGAUGGAGCGUAUUCAAUAAGAGAAUGGCUUAUUAUAUCAUUUAAAGACUACGGAAAUCUGUCUGCAAAGGAGAAACAAUUUAAUAAAAUGCUGUCUGCGACUCGAGUAUUGAUCGAGAAUGCGUUUGGACUGUUGAAAGAAAACAAUGAAGAUUAUAAUAAUGAAGGCAGAGGUCAACAAGAAGCUCUAUUACGAAGAUUAGGGGAAAUAAAAAGAAACCAAUUGAUGAAUGUACUUUUUCCAUGAAAUAAAAAUCAAUAUAAU